AUGGAAAGUGAAUUUGAAAUGAGCAUGUGUGGUGAACUAACCUUUUUCCUUAGAUUGCAAGUUAAGCAGCUUGAUACAAGUCUAUUUCUCUCACAAACCAAAUAUGUUGAGAAUCUCAUCAAAAAGUUUGGUCUUCAAUCCAAAAAUGUGGUCAACAAUCCCAGGAGCACCACUACAAAGUUGAGCGAUGAUCCGAAUGGGAAAUCAGUUGAUUCCAUACUCUACAAAAGCAUGAUUGGUUGCUUGUUGUAUCUCACUGCCAUUAACUGUGCUAUUUUCUACACCUUUGACACUAAUGUGGAGAUUGCAGGAUAUUGUGAUGCUGACUGGGGAGGGGACUUGAAGGACAGAAAAAGCACCUCUGGAGGCUACUUCUUCAUUGGAAACAAUCUUGUUGCUUGGCACAGCAAGAAACAGAACUGCAUUUCACUGUCUACUGCUGAGGCUGAAUAUGUUGCAGCUGGGAGUUGUUGCACGUAA